AUGAGAUGUAUUGCUUCUUAUGGGGAAUUAUCCCAUCAAGACGUUAUUUGUUGUGGAAUAGUGCUAAUAUUGUCUGACUGGGGAAGUAUUCCAGUUCUCAUUAAAGUUUGUCUCACUGCUCCCAUGUCUGGAUACAAGCACUUUGAUCAAGAAAAUUAUUUCAUGCUGCAUUCAGAUGAAAUCAAAGUCUUUUUCUCAACCAUGGAUAAUGUUGUCCUCGAUCACUUUAUGAGACUUUUACUAUUGAAUUGUUCCACCUAUUUCUUACCUUCUCCAAUUGGUGCAAUAUGCGAACGACUGAAAACCCAUCUAAUUAUCGCUUUUCUGUCUUCGUUCACUCUACUUCCUGUUUUGACUAGGAUCAAUUUUGCGAAUACUCCUCAAAAUUCGGGAUUCUUCAACUUUCGACUGUCGAGAUUCGUUGUAAAAGAAAGCAAUCGUAGAAGACUGGAAUCGGAUACAGUGCCUCCAACUUCAUCUUCCAGUGCUUUUCAGCCGGUUUAUUCCGGUCUUAGGCAAACUGUCCACCUCUUAAUAUCCGUUGUAUUAGUGGUGGUGAACCUCUUUUGUUCUCUAUGCUCCUUAUUUCGGGCCCUUGCCUUGUCUGAAUUUGACUUGGGGGAUGGUAAAUUUGCCAUCUCUAGCCUGUGGAUACUGGUUGGAUCUUCCCUCAUUUGCCUGACCUUCUACUAUUUACUGAAGCACUUUCUUUCUCAAAACGGUACUAACGAUUUGUGUGCGAGACGAAUAUCUCGACGUGAAAGACGUCUAACCAAAUCAGAGCUAUAUGAACUUCCACCCAUCGGUAUUGAGGCAAAUGUAAAUCCGCUGGAAAAGCAUUGUGACGUCCAUCACAGUGAAGUAAAAAUUGAUCCGGUUGAUAUGGAUGCCCUUCCUAUAGUUCCAAAGUUGCCAAAGCCUGCUUGUGCUGUCAAAUCACGAGCUGAUGAAGCAGAUGCUAUAUCGGCAAUGUCAGACGCUGAAAUUCUUCGUAUGGUGAGUGAAGGACGUCUUAAGACGCGUGAAUUGGAGACAGCUGUGAAAAGUUUGCCACGAGCUGUGAGUCUUCGUAGGCAGGAUCUGGCCUCUCGACUCGCCAACCCAUUGGCGGUGAAUGACAUUCCCUACAUAAACUACGAUUACCGCGCUGUGAUGGGUCAGUGUUGUGAGGAGGUGAUUGGCUAUAUACCGAUACCCUUGGGCAAGGUUGGUCCUCUGCUAUUGGAUGGAAAAGAGCACUACGUCCCAAUGGCUACAACUGAGGGUUGUUUAGUUGCAAGCACGAAUCGUGGCUGUCGGGCUCUCUUUCUGGCCGGUGGUGUCAAAACUGCCCUCUUCAGGUAA